AAGCGUCACGAGCAUCAGUCAGUCUGAGGAGAGUCGAGUCACUGAAUCAACAGCAAUGGCUCCGGUAUCAGUCAAACGCGUUUUAAUCAGUGAAAGCGUCGAUCCAUGCUGCAAAACCAUUCUGCUGGAGAACGGCAUUGAAGUGACGGAGAAGCAGCAGAUGACUAAAGAAGAGCUGAUCGCAGAGAUUCAGAAUUAUGAUGGUUUGGUGGUCCGAUCAGCAACCAAAGUUACUGCUGAUGUCGUCAAUGCUGGCAGUAACUUGAGGAUCAUUGGACGGGCCGGAACCGGCGUAGACAACGUGGAUGUGGAUGCAGCGACUAAGAGAGGCAUUAUUGUCAUGAACACUCCAAGUGGAAACACAAUCAGUGCUGCUGAGCUCACCUGUGCUCUUUUGAUGAGCUUGUCUAGACAUAUUCCACAAGCUGUCAUGUCAAUGAAAGAUGGAAAAUGGGAUCGGAAAAAGUUCAUGGGCGCAGAGCUGUAUGGAAAAGUUCUUGGGAUUGUAGGGCUCGGUAGAAUCGGCAAAGAGGUGGCGACACGAAUGCAGUCCUUCGGUAUGAAGACCAUUGGUUAUGACCCCAUCACCCCUCCAGAGGUUUCUGCGGGCUGGGGUGUGGAGCAGAUGUCUCUGGAGGAGCUGUGGCCACAGUGUGAUUAUAUCACAGUCCACACUCCACUCAUGGCUGCCACCACGGGUCUCCUUAAUGACGCUUCAUUUGCUAAGUGUAAGAAGGGUGUGAAGGUGGUGAACUGUGCCCGUGGCGGCAUCAUCGAUGAAGCCGCUCUCCUCCGGGCUCUUGAGUCGGGACAGUGUGGAGGAGCAGGGCUGGAUGUGUUUGUGGAGGAGCCCCCAAAGGACAGGGCGCUGGUGAACCACCCCAAUGUGAUCAGCUGUCCUCAUCUCGGAGCCAGCACUAAAGAAGCACAGGCUCGCUGUGGGAAGGACAUCGCCCUGCAGAUUGUGGACAUGGCCACAGGCAAAGCUUUAGUGGGAGCUGUGAAUGCUCAGGUGUUGGCCAGUUCUUUCUCUCCUGACUCCCAUCAGUGGAUCCUGUUGGGAGAGUCCAUGGGCAGAGUGUUAAAGGUCUGCACUGCUUCUAAAGAACCCUUCAGUCAGGUCCAUGUCACAUCACUUGGGGAGUCCUUGAAGAAGUCCACUGGGUUUUUGAGCUCAGCAGCUGUAGUAGGUUUGCUCACUGAAGUUCCUCAGAAAGGCCCUAACUUGGUGAAUGCACUGCCCCUAGCUGCAGAGACAGGAAUUACAGUGCAGACGGAUCAUAAAGGCAGUGAGUGUGAGGCGUGUGUGCUGGAGGUCUCUGUGAACGGCAGUAGCUAUAAGGCUGUUGGCUCCGUGCAAGCCGGGCUUCCUGUGCUGCUGGAGCUGAAUGGAAGUGUGUUUCGACAGCCUGUUCCUCUCACUGGACACCUGCUGUUCUUCAAAGCCGCCAACUCCACUGAGCUCCUGCUCUCCGUAACCAGGGUUUUGGCAGAUGCAGGUGUGGAGCUGCAGUCCUUCAGUGCUUCUACUGCCGGCGGUGGUGAGCAGUGGUGCUGCAUGGGCAUAUCUUCACUGCUGGGGGACAUCAGUGCCCUGAAGUCCUUAGUGAAAGAGGCGGCACAGCUCACAGUCUGAAUACCUGUCAGUGAUCCUGAUCUGAACCACAUAACAUUUCAGCAUCUUAAGCUCUAGCCUGCGUUUCAUUGCAAGCUGUUGCUCACAUGGUUCAUAACACUACAAUUUCUAAAACGACAGUAUGGCAAAAUAUCUUUUUUUGUUGUUACUGUUAACUAAAACCACUGUAUUCCAGAUUUGUGAAAGUGUUUGAUUAAAACAACAACAAACUGUG